UGCCCAGAUCGGCGAUGUUGGCAUGUGCAAUGCUUGCAGUGCAAUGUUUCUGUUUAGGACAAGUUGGCAUGUCGUCGUUCGGAUCCUGCAACGUUGUGUCUGUAUAUAACCGACCAUUGGUUGCAUUACUUGGAUCCAUUGCAGCUAGCUUGCAGGAGAUAGGCGAUCGGCAAGGAUGAAGACUGCGAUCGCCUUCGUGCUGCUGUUUUCUCUCCUCGCCGUCUCGUCCACGGCGGAGAAGUUCGAUUUCUUCUACCUGGUACAGCAGUGGCCGGGCUCGUUCUGCGACACGCGGCAGGGCUGCUGCUUCCCGGACGCCGGGAAGCCGGCGGCGGACUUCGGCAUCCACGGGCUCUGGCCCAACUACGCCAAGUGCCGGGGCAGCCAGCUUCAGGGCCUCGCCCGCGCCGUGCUCGGCGAGGACGCCGCCGCCUUGUUCUCCGCCGUGGGGCGGCGGGGCAGGUGCUGGCCGGAGUACUGCGACGACGGCAACACGCUGAGCCCGUGGGAGAUCCGGGACCUGGUGGCGUCCCUGGACAGGAACUGGCCGACGCUGUCGUGCAAGAGCGGGCGCAGCUUCGAGUUCUGGAGCUACGAGUGGAAGAAGCACGGCACCUGCUCCAACCUCGAGCAGCACGAGUACUUCGCGCGCGCGCUGGAGCUCAAGGCGGCGCACAACCUGACGGCGAUCCUCGCCGGCGCCGGGAUCGUGCCGUCGAACACGGAGACAUACUCACUGAGCAGCGUGGGGGACGCCAUCGCCCAGGGGACCGGGUUCACGGCGAACCUCGAGUGCAACCGCGACGCCGACGGCGAGGCGCAGCUGUUCCAGGUGUACCUGUGCGUGGAUCGAGAGGUGAAGCAACUCAUCGACUGCCCGCUGUCCAUGCGAAGCAAGUGCACCGACCGGGUCAAGCUGCCAGUCUUCUGAUUGCUGCAUGCCCGCAUGCAUAUGGGCCGGUCGACUCCCCGCGCGUGCGUGUUUUAGAGCGGAUAUGAAUAACGUGCUUCCCUUGGUGACGAUUGGCGACCUGAUACAAUGGUUGAAUGUCAUGACGACAUCUUAAGCAGCUAGCAUGGCAUGCAAUAGAAGCAAAAUCGAUCUUUUCGUGUCUUUUUAUCUCGUAUCA